CACUCAUCGUGUGAUCGAUUCGUUCGCUGUUCCGGUUGUUGCGUAUCCUAUCUAUUCAUUCCCCCAACCCAACCUCUGCAACAAUCAUGGCUCGCGUUCCCAAGGAAUACGUAGAGUGCGAUCAGAACGAAAAGGCUUACCAAAAGCAGGAUGCCAUUUUCAUCGCCCGCAAACGCGCCAUGGGCAAUCAGCAACGCCAAAAACCCAUGCGCUUCGUCAAGUCGGUCGGACUCGGCAUCAAGACACCCGCCGCCGCCAUUGAAGCGAGCUUUGUCGACAAAAAGUGCCCCUUCACCGGAAACGUUUCCAUUCGCGGACGCAUCCUCAAGGGUCUCGUCAUUUCCACCAAAAUGAAGCGCACCAUCAUUGUCCGACGGGACUACUUGCACUACAUUACCAAGUACCGUCGUUUCGAAAAGCGUCACACCAACAUUGCGGUCCACUGCUCUCCGGCAUUCCCGGUCAAAGAUGGUGAUAUUGUCACCAUUGGACAGUGCCGCCCCUUGAGUAAAACGGUCCGCUUCAACGUGGUCGCACUCGAACCCCAGCGUGUCAUUCAGGGAAAGAAAUCCUUCCGCGUCUUUUAAACAAAACACACCAUACCCCA